AUACUUUACCUGUUUCUGGCCUUGGUGAGCUCAUUUAGUUCAUACAAUGCUGCAACAGCUGAAGAGAAUGAUGAAGCAAAAAAUCUGCAGCAUGCAUUGGCAAUGAUCAAGAAAGGAGUAAACUGUGUGCUUUCUAAAAUAUUACGGAAAAAGCAAAAUGUUCCCAAGGAGCCAAUGGACCAUGUGAAUGAUACCUAUGUUAAAGAGAAUAUUUCUGACCAUACCCUUUCUGACUUGAGCAACACCCAAGAUUUCCACAAGGAUAAGGAAAAGAGCAGUAGCACAGAGAAAAACACAAUGGCUGAAAAUGAGAGUCAGUCACUUAUCCCCAGUCCUAGUAUCUCUGAAACUAUACCAAUGGCUUCAGGAGAAUCUGAUGUAGAAAAUCUAGAUAAUAAGGAGGUUCAGAGCAAGUCAGGCGAUGGAAGCAGCAAAGAGAAGGUAAAGCCAUCUAGCUCAUCUGAAUGCAGUACAGUUGAUAUUGGUACCUCUGAAGAAGAAAUGAUCUAUGAACAUGAAAAGUCAAGGCAUCUUAAAAACAGUAAGGAAAAAAAAUUCUUUGAUAC